CUCCUCCUCUCCCUUCAAGUCAAGUGUCCAUUCCUAAACAAACCACCGUCAGAGCGGGAGAAGCAUGGAACGUGGCGGCGAUGCUGGUGGCAGCGGCGGCGGUGGAGGUUACAUCAAUCGCAGCCGUCGACAUGCAAAACAAAGAGAGGCCGCCGCCGCCGCCCUUGGCCAGCCACCUGUCUCCGAUGAUUCCUCCCCAAAUGUCCGCGGAGCAGCCAAGUUCCGCCUCCCGGCGGCGAACCCAGACGCCGCCGGCCAGGAACCGCCGCAGCGCCGAUCCCUCCCCACUCUCCGGGAGCAGGACCAGUACAUGCCAAUCGCCAACGUGAUCCGGAUAAUGCGGCGGAUCCUGCCCGCCCACGCCAAAAUCUCCGACGACGCCAAGGAGACGAUUCAGGAGUGCGUCUCCGAGUACAUCAGCUUCGUCACGGGGGAGGCUAACGAGCGGUGCCAGCGCGAGCAGCGGAAGACGGUCACCGCCGACGACGUGAUCUGGGCAAUGGGGAAGCUCGGAUUCGACAGCUACGUCGAGCCGCUUUCGCUGUUCCUCGCUAGGUACAGAGAGACGGAGGGCGAUCGGGCGUCUUAUCGGGACCCGAUGAUGCUGAAGCGGAGCUCCAAUGAUUUUGGGGGUAUGGUGAUGCCGCCUCCGCCGCUGCCACCGCAGCAGCAGCAGAUGGUUGGUUAUAUGCAGGGGAAUUUUCUGAUGCAGAGCGAUCAUCUGCAGCAACAGCAGCAGCAGGGGAUGUAUGAUGGUGGCUUGAUGAAUGGGUAUUACAGGGAUCCGUUCGGGUCGGGUUCGGGCAGUGGGAGCGGCGAGGACGGUGGAGGAACUUCUCAGAAUGGGAUGUCUGGGUUUGAUCUAUAUUCCCAGUACAAAUAAUGGCGGGAGAGAAAUUUUGAUUGGAGUUUUAACCAAUUAGGAGAAAUUUUGAUUGGAAUGGGAAGAAAGGAAAAGCAACCCU